UAUAAUUUACAUUUUUAAGGGUUAAAAUAUCGUUUAAACAAUAAUUGUGCAAUCAUACAAUUUUACGUGUUGAAUAAUUCCGUAUGUUCCUGGCUUCCUGGCUAUAUGAAAAUAUCGACAAAGUCACAUUUCCCCCUUAUUGCGAUUGAUUCAAUAACCAAGAUUUGUUUUUUGUUUAAAUUUUAAACAAGACAUAAGAGUACAUACUAUAAUUUACUAAAGUUAAACUAAAGUUUAAUUGCUUAAAAAGUAUCUUUUGUUGUAAUAUUUAUUGACGAUCAGUAUCUUUAAAAUGUCAAUGGUGGAGGGAGUUUAAAUAAUUGGCGGUUGUUUUUUGGAGGGAAAUAAAUAUCUACAGUUUCUCUACUUAUUAUGGCAUUUGCUUUAGGAUAGUGUUGGAGAAGUGUAAUUAGACGUUGUGAUUUAAUACAAUUUUAAUAAUUGCCAAGAUUCGUGUAACUAUUACAUUUUAUAAUGUUGCACCACUAAGGAACAUAUGAAUAAGAUUAAGAAUAUAAUCGCUAAAAUGGCCCAGUCUCCCAUAUCCCGAGGUAAUAAUAGCCGUCCAUUUACAGUAGUUGUUGAAGGAAAUGUUGGCAGUGGAAAAACUACAUUUUUGGAACACUUUAACAAAAAUGAAAAUGUUGCUGUGUUUGCAGAACCUAUAGAUAUGUGGAGAAACUGCAGUGGAUAUAACUUAUUGGAUUUAAUGUAUAAGGAUCCAAAAAAGUGGAGCUUUACCUUCCAGUCCUAUGUGCAGCUUACAAUGUUAGGACUACAUCAGAAAAAGAUACAUCAGCCAGUAAAGCUAAUGGAGAGGUCAUUAUAUAGUGCAAGGUAUUGUUUUGUAGAAAAAAUGUCCAGGGAUGGUUUAAUGCCACCUGCUUCAGUGGCAGUAAUUGAUGAAUGGUUUAAAUACAUAACAGCAACAGAUGAAGCUCAAAUUGAUCUUAUUGUGUAUCUAAGAACCUCUCCUGACAUUGCAUAUGAGAGGAUCUUAAAACGUAAUAGGUCAGAGGAGAAGACUGUUGCAUUUGAAUAUAUCAAAGCCCUGCAUGAUAUACAUGAGGAUUGGCUGUAUAAUAAAACAUUACAUAAUUGUAAGGCUCCUGUUAUUGUUCUAAAUGCUGAUCUGGAUAGAUCAGUUAUUGAGGAAGAGUAUGAAAAGUAUGAGCCUCAUAUUCUUAAUAAAAAACCUAUAGAAGUUAAGAUAAAUUAAAGAUAUAUAAGUGAAGGAUAAAAUGUAAGGGUUUUUCAUUUAUACUAUGUGAUAUUAAUUCAGCAAGGUCAUAACAUGAAAAGCAGAGGUCAUGAUAAUAAUGUUAAAGAAAUUAGAAAAUUAGAGAAGUUAAGUAGAAAAUUGGUUCCAAAUUGGCACUGUUAUUUCUGUUACUAAGAACCCUAAGUAAUUACUGUAUUUUACAGCAAAUUCACAUUGUUUAUAUCCUAUUUGAAAUUAUUUUUAUUUUAUUAAAUUACAAAGUGGCAUUUAUUAAUCAUUCAUGUUUAUGUGAUGUGAUGUCUUGAAAUUUGAAGUAGUAUGUUCACAUUGUGUAUUAGUUUUUGACAAGUUUUUAUAGUAGAAUCUAUGGACUGAA